AUGUUCGCUAUUCCAUGCACAAUUGGUGAUUUACAUGUUGAAAGUGCAAUGCUAGAUCUUGGAGCUUCAAUAAAUGUGAUACCCUACUCAGUUUUUCAAUCUCUCAAUGUUGUACCUUUGGAAGAAACCGGAGUGAUAAUUCAAUUAGCGGACAAGUCAAGUGUAUUUCCAAGAGGCGUGUUAGAAGAUGUACUAGUGCAAGUCAAUCAACUAGUAUUUCCCGCGGACUUCUAUGUCAUUGACCUUGAAGAGAAGACUCUGUCCAAGUCAUCUAUGAUUCUCCUUGGAAGACCCUUCAUGAAUACCGCUCACACAAUUAUUGAUGUUCAUAAUGGGAAGAUCACCAUGGAGUUCGAUGGCGAGACCAUUCACUUCAACAUCUUUGAAGCCAUGAGGUAUCCUAGCAAUAUUUCUCCAUUGUAUCGGGUCGAUGUGAUUGAACUAAUCACCCAACAACUAUUCGAGUUAUCGUAUGGAGAUAUUUUCAAGAUGGUGCUCAACUUGAGUCUUGAUUGUGAAAGUUUGAAGAAAACAUUGGAUAUGUAUUCAUUGGACUCCGAAGUUGAAGAGAUUGUGAAGAUUUUAGAAGUUAACAAUUCCACAAAGAAGGAUGUUUUUCAAGUUUUCUUAUCUCAUUCUCCAAACAAGAUGCCCCCUUCAAUAAUCCAACCACCCACACUUGAGUUGAAAGUUUUGCCUAGCCAUUUGAAGUACGUUUAUCUAGGUCAAGACAAAUCUCUUCCGGUGAUCAUCUCCCCUCAAUUUAAAGACUUUGAAGAAAAUCAAUUGGUUGAAGUAUUGAAGGAACAUAAAGAAGCAAUGGGAUGGACGAUAGCGGAUAUCAAGGGGAUAAGUCCUAAUAUUUGA